AUGGAGAGAUGGGCGCGGAUAAUCGCUCUGCUGCUCUUGCAGCUGAUUGGAGCGCAGGCGGUGGAAAUGAAGAUAGUAUGUCUAGCAGGAUAGUCGUUCUGUUUCGGACAACUUGCUAAGCAGACUCUAGGAUCAAAGAGAUAGCAACCGCCAAGUCUGCUCCGGCAUGUACUCAAGAAAGUCCUGGGGCGGCAGCACCGAUCCUUUCAUCCUCACGAAAUUUGUCAAGCCGGACAACAUACCUGAAGGCCAAGAUCCGAUUGUCAGCGUGGUUGUCUUCGAAUGGAAAGACAGACCGCUGAUCGGACAUCCGGAGACGGAGGAGAAUCUAACAGAAGUAUGAACAAGCAUUGAAGAGCGUGGUUCGGUUAGGGUGAGGCUUACAUUCGUCUAGGACGUCUUCCUUUGCGACAAUGCCGAAGUUCAGAAAGGCUGGUGUCAGGACAGCGAAAUCGGAAGCUUCAUCCUGGCCUCAAAUGCCUCGGAAACUUCGAAAUCAUUGAUUAGGUCCGAGGCCAUCCAUUUGAAGGACCCCGGCGCCAUCAAUUAUCCCAUCAAGACAACUGGCUACUACUGUGUCAGCUCAGCUUCCUUCAACGGAGCAGAUUACACCGGAAUCGUCGAAUUUCGAAAUGCCUUUGGUGAUCUCCCAGCCGCCCAGAUACCCAAACUACCUUUCUACGCCGCAACUACGAUUGUAUACGCCUUCGUGGCCAUUGGAUGGGCAGUUCUUUACUGGCUCAACCGGAGUGAUGUCCUGCCCGUCCAGAAUUACAUCACAGCCAUCUUGGUCUUCUUGGUGAUAGAGAUGUUCAUGACAUGGCUCUUCUACGACUAUCAGAACCGUCAUGGCCUGAAUGGCGGAGCCAAGGCCCUUCUGGUCAUCGUAUCCAUCCUGAGUGCCGGAAGAAACAGCUUCUCAUUCUUCUUGCUCUUGAUCGUGUGCAUGGGCUACGGCGUCGUAAAGCAUACGCUCGGGAAAACGAUGUUCUAUGUCCGGAUUCUGGCCAUCACUCAUUUCGUGUUCGGCGUCAUUUACGCGAUUGCGUCUCUGGCUGUCACACCAGAGAAUGCAGGUCCACUUGUCCUCCUGAUUGUGCUACCACUGGCUGCAACACUGACUGGCUUCUACGUCUGGACCCUCAACAGUCUUAACUACACUAUGAAGGACUUGAUGGAGCGCAAGCAAACCAUCAAAGCGGCCAUGUAUCGGAAGCUCUGGUGGUGCAUCCUCGCCAGUAUUGUCGUCAUCUUUGUCUUCUUUUUCGUGAACUCCUGGACGUUUGCGGGCCGAGGAAACGUGGACUUCGUGCCGAAUCAUUGGCAAACGAGAUGGUUCAUUCUGGAUGGAUGGUUGAACCUGGUCUAUUUCUUUGAUGUGGCCUUCGUCGCUUACGUCUGGCGACCCACCCCGAACAAUCGGAGGUUUGCCAUGUCAGAAGAGGUAUGUAAUCGCACGUCUCCUCAUUCCAGGACUUCAUGCUAAUGUGCUUCGCAGAUCGCACAAGACGACGACGGCUUCGAGAUCGCCUCCAUCCGUGACUCCAUGGAUCUCGACGAUGACCUUGAAGCCGCAGUCCCGGGUCAGCCCAGACCGCCGCCUCCUUACGACGCCCCUCGGGGUGGAUCCGCAAACAGAGACGCCUCUCCUCUCCCUGCACCUAUACCCACAAAGCCGACGCCAUUACCACGGGAAUCAUUAGACGGCGAAACAAUCUUUGCCGUUGGGGACGAGGACAAACUCACCGAUGACGAGGAAGACGAUGACAGUGAGAACAAGCGGCUGACAGCUGGUAAAAGUAGUUGA